GUCCUAGCUCGAGUCUGGAGAGUCCAUGCGUGAUAUGGGUUAGGUACUACGGUUAUCAAUAUCAGUCAGAUUCGUCGUAGAACCUGUCAGACAGCAGAAGCAGGUAACCGCGGGUUAGACUCAGGAGGGUUUCAGUUUCCAAGAUGGCCGUGGAAGCUCUGUUGUUGCAGCCCUGGGCCUCAGGCUUUCAACAGAUCUCGACUUCUUUCCAGAACGAACAAAGAGCGCGCGCCUUUCUGUGAGAAACUCGUUGAUUAGGGUGUUCCACCAUGCCUGGACUUGUCAUGGCUCCUGAGGCUGUCACAGAAAUGGAGUCUCCGCGCGUGAAGAAGUCAAAGAAGGCAAAGGCGGAGAGCCCGGACACCGUGAUGGAGGUGGUCGAGCAGAAGAAAAGCAAGAAAGAGAAGAAGUCAAAAACAGAGACUGUUGAGCUCGCAGAAGCGAGUCCAAAGUCGGAAAAAAAGUCAAAGAAGAGGAAGCAAGCUGAGGCGAGCUCAGAAGAAGAGGCAGUGGUUGAGAAGAAGACAAAGGGGGAGGAUGGGGAAGCGGUGCCAAAGAAGAAGAAGAAGAAGAAGGUGGUUGAGAAAGGUGAAGCAGAGAAGGAAGAGGAGAGCGACAAUUCUGUGAAGGAGCCUGUGCCCGCUGAUGAUCCCAACCACCUUUCUCACUUCAAGAUCUCGAAGGAGGUGGUUGCAAAGUUGAAAACAAAGGGGAUCGAGGCGCUGUUCCCUAUCCAGGCCAAGACCUUUGACAUCGUGCUUGACGGAACAGACCUCGUGGGCAGAGCGAGGACUGGCCAGGGCAAGACACUGGCGUUUGUCCUGCCUCUUUUGGAGCUGUUGCGGGCGGCGUCUAGUCCUGCGGAGCUGAGGGGCCAGCGGCAGUACGGCAGGAAGCCAAGUGUUAUCGUGCUGCUGCCCACUAGAGAGCUGGCAAAACAGGUACACACAGAUUUUGAGGCUUUCGGCCAGACCUGUGGCCUAUCCACUCUUUGCGUCUACGGGGGUGCUCCAUUCCCCCCUCAGACGAGCGCACUGCGGCGUGGCGUUGACGUCGUGGUUGGGACCCCCGGGCGGAUCAAGGACCACCUUGAGAAGGGGGCCCUUGAUCUGAAGAAACUCAAAUUUAGAGUGCUGGACGAAGCGGACGAGAUGCUCAACAUGGGCUUUGUGGACGAUGUCGAGACGAUCCUAGGGGCGGUGGACGAUAAGGAGCAGGUGCAGACACUGCUCUUCUCAGCCACAAUGCCUGAUUGGGUGCGCGAGAUUUCCAAGCGCUUCCUGAAGGACAGUAGAAAGACGGUGGACCUGGUGGGGAACGAGGCGAUGAAGGCCAGCAAGUCGGUACAGCAUCUCCUGCUGCCCUGCCACUGGACCCAGCGAGCGUCGGUGGUCCAGGACGUGAUCCGGUGCUACAGCAGUGGCGAGGGGCGCACCAUCGUGUUUACGGAGACCAAGAAGGACGCGACCGAGCUGGCGGUGGCGCUGGCGGACAGCGCAAGCGCACUGCACGGGGAUAUCGCGCAGGCGCAGCGUGAGACCACCCUCGCCGGCUUCCGUUCUGGCAAAUUCAACGUGCUCGUCGCGACCGACGUGGCCGCGCGCGGGCUCGACAUCAAUGACGUCCAAGUCGUCAUCCAGUGCGAGCCGCCGCGCGACGCCGAGACGUACAUCCAUCGGUCCGGGAGAACCGGGCGGGCCGGAAACACUGGCAUUAGCGUCAUGCUAUAUGGGAGGAAGCACGAGUACAUGGUUCCGAUCAUCGAGAGGAAGGCCGGGUUCAAGUUCGAGCGGAUAACGCCGCCCGCGCCGGCGGACAUUGCGAAGGCGAGCGCGUUGCGGGCGCUGAGUGGGGUGCGGGAAGUGGACGACAGCGUCAUCCCGAUGUUCCAGGAGGCUGCCGAGACGCUGCUCGCUGAGGUGGGCGUGACGCCAGUGCAAGCGCUUGCGAAGGCGCUCGCGAAGAUCGCGGGCCACACCGAGCUCAAGCAGCGGUCCCUGCUGACGUCACACGAGGACGCCACCACGCUGCACUUCAAGGCCGGCAGCGCCGUCAGGACGCCCACAUUCGUGUGGAACUACCUGCGCAAGUGCCUGCCAGAGGAGUCGCUGUCGGACGUCCGGCGGAUGAGCCUCACUGCGGACGGGCAGGGCGCGGUCUUCGACGUGCCCACCACUCUGGCCAAGGACUUCGUGGCAGCGGCCACGAAGGAGCAAGAGACGGCUCCCUCCUGGCAGGCCGCGGUCACAAUUGAAAUUGCGACGGCACUCCCGGCUCUUCUAGCGAGGCCCGAGAGCGCCAGCUCGGGGGGGUACGGAGGCGGCAGGGGACAGAGCAGUGGGGGCCGCGGCGGCCGGGGGGGUUUCGGGAGCCCUAGGGGGAGGGGGGGGAAGGUUUGGUUCCGGGGGAGGGUUCAGGGGCAGGGGGAGGUAUUGAUUUGUGUCUGGAGCAGCGGCGGGUGA